AGCUCAUACUGUUUAACGCUGUCCGCAGAAACAUUGGUGUGCUCGUUCCUUAUCAGUGGCAGUCAUUUUGUGUUAAAGUAGGUAUGUCAGGAGCCAGGACGCAGAUUGCAGACUCAUCAACUUCGCCGCCCUUAAGCGACAGUCGGCGGGUGGAGUACACAGGCAUGAAAUUUUCCUACGCGGACGGGUCCGACGACGAGGCGCCUCUGAACGCCGAGCUGCCGUCGUGCGUGUACGCUGCGGCUCGCAGCCGGCUCCAGCUACCGCUGGCCGCCUACGUGCACCAGCACACCAGACAGCUGCACUCUGAAGUCCUGCUGGAGGCGUCGACGGAGCCCGAGUACCAGUGCGGCGGCUCGCCGUACCGCGUGCAGCGCGCCGCGGCCAACGUGCGCGAGCGAAGACGGAUGCUGAGGUCCGGCCCCAAUGGCAGUAUAAACUCGGCGUUCGACGAGCUGCGCGUGCACGUGCCGACGUUCCCCUACGAGAAGCGGCUCAGCAAGAUCGACACGCUGCGCCUCGCCAUCGCCUACAUCGCUCUACUCAGGGAGGUCUUGGACGCUGAUUAUGAUCCAUUAACAUACGUGGAGAAAUGCUUGAGAGGAGAGAUCAAAGCAGAGAGAGCGCAUUGGAAUACAAGUGAUCUGACAGCAAGGCUGUCGUGGAUCAACUGGGAGAACCUGGGCGUUAACCCGCAGCGCCGCAGCGUCCUGACGUCACUAGCUCUGGGCUCGGACAAUAUGCAGUAUUCACAUAAUUGAACCUACCCAUUUGUGUACUGUACAUAACAUAUACUCUGUCAAACAAGUCUGUCACUAAAUAAGAACAAAGAAAACUAUAGGUAUCCUUUUCUCUAGCACCCUAAAGAAAAGGAUGCAUAUAGUUUUCUUUGUUCUUAUUUACUGAUAGACUUGUUUGACAGAGUAUAUUUAUUUGCGGAAACUAUCAGCAUCGCUCUAAGGAGUAUAAGUGCGUUUUCACAUUAUCCGAUCCGAUAUCGGAUGUCGGACCGAUAUCCCAUACAUUACAGGCGCCAUCUUGGAUUUUUUCUAUUGAAAUCCUUCCGACAUCCGAUAUCGGAUCGGAUAAUGUGAAAACGGCCUAAGGCGGGACAGCCCAACGGCCAAAGUGGAAAGAAUGUUGGUUACUAUAGUGACACCUACUGAUUUUCAUAUCACAAUGGUAUUGUAAAAAAAUGUUAUCAAAUUCGUUCUUUACAUAAUGUAUAAUAAACAAAAAUGCGACUUUCGUUUAAAUCAGGUCACAUCUAGUCACGAGUGCAAUCUAUUUAUUCUAACUAGCUGUUAAAUUAAUCUCGAAAAUACUGAUGAUAGUUGCUUCCUAAAUUACUUAGGUAGGUAAAAGUAUAAACUACACACGCUUUAGUUAAAAAAAAGCCAAAUUGGUGUUGUCAAUCAAUUUCAGUUUCAACCACAGAACUAUAUUUAGAUAGAAGAAACAAGUUCAUCUAUUUGUAUAGGGGCCGAGCGUGUCAAAUUUUGUACUGAAGUUGUUUCUU